AUGGUAGCCUCCACCAAGUUCGCCUCGCUGGUCGGUACCGUCACGCUUGCCUUUGUGCUAGCUAGCUCGCUCCACCCCGUCCGCACGGCACCUGUCGGUUCGAUCAGAAGGCAAGAUGCAACCAGCGACGCUGCUGCCGCCCCUGCACCAGCUGGAUUCAUCUCUGUCGCUCAGCCACAGAUGACCGAGCAGGACAUCUACGCUUUGGGAAUUCCGGAUGCUCCCGCCUCUUCCGCCAACACUUCCACUGCCGAUUCUCAGCUGCAGCAGGUGCUUCAAGCUGCUUCUCAGGCUGCGCUGUCCACUUCGGACAAGACGUCCAGUAUCAUCAACCACUGGGACCCUACUCCGCCUGUAGCAGGUGCUACCGCUGCUACUCCGGCUACUGCUCCAGUGGCUGCUUCCAAUGCGCAGAUCCCCGCUUCGAACGUGACCAUGACCGGGAACCCUAAUGAUGGAAGCUUGUAUCAGCAGGUCGUUGGUACUCCGGCUGGGGCACCUGGUUCGACCGAUGCCGCACUGAGCGGUAACGCUGAUGAUGGAGAUGCGUACAGACAGAUCGUCGCGGAGCAGAUGCAGCAGUUCGGUGCGCAGGGGCUCCAAGCAUCAAAGAGGCAAGAGCAACAGUCCGGUUUGGGACUGGGUGUUCCCACGCCAUCCAGCGCGACGAUGGUGCCCAACGCUGCUGUCCCUGAGGCUAGCGGUGCUGCUACCGCUGCAGACGCUAGUGCCAGCACUGCUACCAGUGCUGCACCUGCUUCGGCAAGUGACCUGGCAGGUGUGCCAGUUGCAGCUCCUGUACCCAGCGACUUCAGCACCCCUCCUACUGCUAGCCCAGCGGGAGACGCUGCUGUGCCAAGCGCGCUUUCGCCUUCUGUUCCUGCUGUUCCAGACCCGGUGAGCAGUGCUGUGCCUUCCACACCUGCUUUGCCCACGGGUGAAGUUCCUCCCGCACCUGCGCUGCCCACGGGUGCAGUACCCCCUGUCUCCGCAGCACCUUCUGUCUCUGCACCUGUCAGCGAUGCUCCAGCCCUCCCCACUGGAGCAGUCACUGCAGUUCCCUCCCUCGCAGGUGGUCUGAAGGACGCAUCUGACGCAUCUGCGACCACCCUUCUACCCACGUCCGACGCCAACCCCACCGCCACCGCCGCCCCUUCCGCUGCCGUCGCCUCUGCUGCUGCCACCGGUGAUCUCACCAUGACAGUCACGCUUCCAUCCCAAGCCCAACCGACCUCUCUCUCGAGUCUCGCCAACGUUCUCGCCAACAACCGCAAGGAGGAAACCGACGACGAUGCUGAUUGGAAGACCAUGACCAUCCUCGUUCCCGCUGAUGCUUUUGGUGGCAACACGAAGGUCAAUGCACCCAUCAGCACUGCUUCUGCUUCGUCCACUGUCAGCGUCAGCGCGAAUGAGAAUGCCGUCUCGUCGAGCUCCGCCACUCCUACCGCUGCUCCGAUCAACUUGUCAUCGUUCUCGUCGAUGAAAGCGCAAGCCACCCCGGCGGUUCUUACGAUUCCUCUCACAGGCGUAAUCGAUGGAACGACCUACUCGACCAUGCUCACGCUCACCGUCCCCGGCGGCGCCAAGACGUCCAGUCUCGCCGUCACAGACAAAGUCGCUACCGCUACCGCAAGUGCCACCGCUAGCUCCGCCAAGCCAUCCUCCACCACCUCAGUAGAUCCCAGCUACAUCAGCCCCGAAGACACUCCCCCUCUCCUCAGAAGCUCCAGCACCGCAAGCACCCCCGCUGCAACCGCUACCGCUUCCCCCAGCAACAGCAACAACGACGACGAGUGUGACGACACAGACGACGCUGAUUCUGCACAGGUGACUCCGACUGCGGGAGGAAAGAGCCUCAUGACAAAGGUCUGGGAUUGGGUCACCGGUAAACCUCUCAACGAACGCGACUUCCUCGACGACUACGGUAUCGACUACGACGACGACGAGGAGGAGUUCUACGAUGCUCAGCAGUAG